CAUGAGAGCAGCACUGCGACGUCCCAGAUGACCAACUCCAGCACCGGCCUCCGGCGGCCCUCUGUGCUGCUGGUCAUUGUCGACGACCUCCGGCCUGACCUCGGCGCAUACGGCCGCGAAUGGGCGAGGACGCCGCACAUCGACGCUCUAUCGAGACGCAGCGUGACCUUCACCAACGCCCACGCCGCGGUGGCAAACUGCAACCCGUCGCGUGCCGCGCUUCUCACCGGCCGUACACCGCACCAGACGGGCGUCGUCGACCUCUUCACUCAUGUGCGCGAUCACAUCCCCGAUGUCGUCACGCUGCCGCAGCGCUUCCGCCGCGCCGGCUACCUCGCGGUCUCCCAUGGCAAGGUCUUCCACCAGGAGCUCGACGACGUGGCCUCGUGGUCGACCCAGGACGAGUUUGCCGACAACAUGACCUGCCGCGGGGUGCGAGGGCCGUGCGCCGCAGGCGUCGGCUGGCAGUACAACGGCUACCGCCUCCGCCACUCGCCAACGGCGGAGUGGCGGGCGCCGCUGUUCGAGAGGGGAGCAGGGACGAACAUCGCCGACGGACGGAUUAAAUGGUUGACACAGACGGGGCGGCACACCGACGAGCAGAUCGCGGCUCGCGCCGUCGACGCCAUAAGCGCGCUGACGUCGCCCUUGCAGCGGAGGCCGUGGCUACUCGCCGUCGGCUUCAUCCGCCCGCACCUCCCCUUUAUCGCGCCGGAGCCCUUCUGGGUAGCGGCCGAGCGCUCGCCGCCGCCGCUGCCCGCCCGCACCGUCCCGCCCGCAAACGCGUCGCUGCUGACCGGCCGCUCGCUGCAAGAGGGGCUGACUGAGAUCUACGGCAACUACGGCCAGCGGCUGGCGGAGCGGCGGAGGCCGCGCUUGUCGGCGGGUGGCGGGCUUGGGCGCAAGCUGGCGCUCGGGUACUCCGCGGCGGUCUCCUUCGUCGACUCGCAGGUGGGCCGCGUGGUGGCGGCGCUGGACGCGUCUCCCGCCGCAGGCGACGAGAUUGCGGGAGAUUGCGCCGCCCUCGUGGCGCUGCUGGGCGACCACGGGUGGAAGCUUGGCGAGCUGGGCGGGUGGGGCAAGCACUCGCUCGCGACGCAUGACACGCACGUCCCUCUCCUCCUCGCCGGCCACCGCCAGCUUCCGGCGGGGGCAGCCGUCGGCACCCCCUGCUCUCUUCUCGACGUCUUCCCAACGCUCAUCGCCGCCGCCGCGCUGCCGCCCGACCCGUCGGAUUCCGCCCUCGCCGGCCGCUCGCUCCUGCUCUCCGCGGAGCAAGGCGCCGCCUCCCGGCCUGCUCCAGCGCGGGGCGGCCGCCGCCUCUCUCCUCGCCCGGCACCGCCGCGCCAAAAGAAGCCGCGCCGGCACGGGCAAGCGAGCCCCCCUCGGCAGCCGAGAGCCGCCAGGGUGCCGGGCCGAGGCGCAGCGACGCAAACACCCGUGCGAACACCCGCGCGGACAGCCACCGGCCGACUCCACCCCGCAUGGCACCCCUCGCCGACACUCCCCCCGCGCCGCCGCGUAAACGGCUCGAACGGCCGCGCCGCCGGCCGCGCCGCCGGCCGCGCCGCCGGCCGCGCCGUCUUCUCGCUGUGGCAAUUUGGGCACGAUUGGGACGUCCGCUCGUCGCCCUGUAUCGGCCACGCCGUUCGCACGAGUGAGUGGACCCUCGUGCAGUGGGUGCACGAGCCGCUGCGCUGCACGCGGCACCGCUGCUCGUGGCCCGCCGGAGACUACGUCGCCGCGUGGCGCUCUCUCCGCCGCGCCGCGCCGCACGACCGGUGCGCUCGGCACGCCGACCUCUUCCGCGGCGCGCCGGCCACCGCGCACGCAAUCGGAGCCGAGCCAGACGCGGCCAAUCUGAUCCGGCACUACCCGGCGGUGGCAGCGCGCCUUCGCGCUCUGCUCGCGGCCCACUUGGGCGUCCCCGCCAGCCACGUCGGGCCUUCCUUGCGUACCUCCAGGCCGCCCGGCAGCCGAGGGGGGAGCGCGUCCAGGCCUUAGUUCCUUUUGCAACACUCGGGCGGACCUGACGGCAUACAGCAUAUGGCCCUAUGCGUGUGUGCUGAGAAAGUAUGUUUGAAGUUC